AUGUCUUCGUUCCGCCUGGCUCCGGCCUCUAUGCUGCGCAUCGCCGCUCGCAAGUCGACUACGCCUGCUUCGGCUAUUCGGGCCUUCUCCCGUGCUUCUCCUGCUAUGGCUGUGAAGCACUGGAAGGCACCUGCCCGUCCUAGUGUCUCGCAGAGCGACAUGCCUAUCAACCCUGGCCCCAACCCCGACCCUAAGAACAUUGGGGUGAAUGCUGUAAUCAACCAGCGCUCUGAAGGCAUGGACAAGCACGUUACGACCAUUUUCGCCGAAUUCUCCCUUUUCGAGAAGACGGCCGUGGUCACUGGCGGUAACCGUGGUCUGGGUCUCGAGAUGGCUCUGGCUUUUGUUGAGGCCGGUGCCCACGUGUUCGUGAUUGACCGAUCGGAUGUGCCUAGCGAGGAGUUCCAGAAGGUCGCGAAGCACUGCCAGCUCCUGGACCGUCAGAUCGAGUUCAUUACUGCUGAUGUCACGAGCGCCGACGAGAUGAACGAGGCUAUGCAGUAUAUCUCCAAUGUUUCGACCACUAAGACCAUCGAUGUCGUUGUGGCCAAUGCUGGUAUUAUGCAGACAUACCCUGCACUUGAUUACCCCGUGGAUGAGUUCCGCAAGAUGCUAGAAGUGAACACGCUGGGUGUCUUUAUUACCGCGCAGGCAGGUGCCCGCGUGAUGAAGGAUCGCAAGCAAAACCAGGGUUCUAUCAUCCUGACUGCCUCUAUGUCGGGUACGGUUGUCAACCGUGACCAACAGUGGGUGGCCUACAACACGUCGAAGGCGGCUGUGCUGCAGAUGGGUCGCAACCUCGCUGCUGAAUGGGGCCCACACAAUAUUCGCGUGAACACCCUGUCGCCUGGUUACAUUCGCACCAACCUGGUGGCCGACCAGCUUGACUCGGACCCUGAGAUGCUGUCGCGCUGGAGCGACGCGAACCCUCUGGGCCGUAUCGGUCGCCCGCACGAGCUGCGUGGUGUUAUUGUCUGGCUUGCUAGCUCCGCUUCUUCCUUCUGCAACGGCGCCGACAUUAUUGUCAGCGGCGGUCAUACCAUUUGGUAA